GCUUACAAUAAUAAUUGGUAAGUCCACAUAAACCCUAACUAACCAAAACACAAAUUCCAAAUCAAUCAUCAAAUAUUAGGACUAUAUAUAUAUAUAUAUAUAUAGAAGAAUCAACACAUUAUACCAUAUAGUAAAUCCCACCAUCAAAAUUCAGCAGCAAAAGAAUUUCUACUAUUUUUAUCUUAGAGUUUUUUAUCAUACUGUCGUACAUAUAUCGAAAACAGUCUUUCGAUCUCCACAAUUUAGUGGAAAAAAGCUUUAGCUUUAGCUGAUUUUGGAAGCAUGCCAGUUUCCGGGAACGAAGAGCCUGGAGUUCUUGCCUGGCAAUCUAGUAAAUCGUUGUCACAUAUCCCUAUUAAGAAAAGGUGGUUAUCGAUGGUCGUCCAGCCUUGUUCACUUAUCCAUGAACCACGGUCUUUUUCUAAUGAAAAUUUAUCCAAGACCAAAGAUUCUAGCUUGGGAAAGGGAUCCGUGUUGAAUUCUUGUGAUAAUAUAGGUAAAUCUGAUACACCCAAGAACUCUCUUCUAGAGGUAAAUGAAGAAAGACCUUGGGGUGCUAAAGUUGACUCUCAGCCUACUAUGCUACCAUUUUUAUCCAUGUCUCAGGAAACAAAUCGUGAUACUAGCUUCGAGCCUUCAAGAAAUGUUGACAAUCUAGUGAAACCAGCAUUGGCAGAAAAAUUAGCUGCCCAGGAAGAUAAAGGUAGGACAAAAGUUUCUGUCGAGAAGGAAGUUAUUGCCAAACAAGGGAAAAGCCAAUGUAAGCUUGAACUUCCAUCCAAUUCAAGGCACGUUGAACUGUCAUUAGGUCCACAGGAACCUCAUGUUUCUUCUUUGGUUGAUCUGAAUACCGAGGGGAAAAUGUGUGGAACUGUUAAUCCUUCAUUGCUUUCUCCGUCUUUGAAUAAAUGGAAGGACAUGUCCCAGGAAGGAAGAGGUAAGGACGGACUGAAUAACAAUGAUGCUGAUGAUAUUGUACGCACUGAUAGAUCUAACUGGGAUCUGAAUACACCUAUGGAUUCAUGGGAGGGUUCUGGUGAUGUUGUUCCUGUUCAAGAUGCAAGUGAAAUUGAUCUCUUACAUAAGACAUCUAGUUCAGUAGACAGAAAACCACCUAUUAGUUCUGCUUCUAUUGUCGAUCCUAAUGGUGAUAAAGGGAAGCAAGAAGUUGGUGCUAGCGAGCAGGAGUUUAGUUUUCCCAUCUCAUCAACACUUCCUGCCCUACAGUACAAGUCUGCGGAUGUGUUUCAUCUUAAUCUUGGUAGUACUUUUCUAGGGUUUGACUCGUCAGUACUGCAGUCAUUGACCAAAGUAGACUCCAGAGUUGGUCCAAACUCAAGUUUACCGAAAAAUUUGGCAAUGAAUAGAAACAUGAAUAACCUUACUUGUAAAACUGUUAAGUCAGAAUCUGUUGAAGAAAUCGUGGUACAAGCUAAUGCUGGAACUGCGGUUUGUCCAGCUGGUACAUUGGAGGCUAAUGUCGGAAAAAUUGAAGUUGUCGGACUGAAUCUGCGGUCUAUUGAGUUGUCCACUAAGGGCCCUGAGAAAUUACUUGAGCGAAAACCAACGAAACAUGAACCAUUUCAGGAGGUUAGCCAGGAAAUAUCGAUGACAUCAGAUGUGAUUGUGCACCAAUCAGUUGGAAAGGUGUUGCAGCUUCAGGAGAGUUCUUCUUCGCCAUGUUCUUCUUCUUCUUCUUCUACACUGCCGAUGCCUUUAACCCCUCAACAGGGAUGCCCUUCUAGAUUGUCUAGCUGUUCAGACUUGUCUGUGAGUGCCGGGGACUUGUCUGCUCCAUCUGAGUACUCCGUUCACACGAAUGAAGCUAAUAGAAGUAAAAAUCUUCUAAAUCAGGCAAAUGCUGAUACUGCUGCUAAAAUUGCCAACUCUGACCUCAAGGAAUCAAAUGUAUCCAGUGAUAAGGUGGGGACAUCUGUUUCGGAGGCAAUGAAUAUUGAAGGUCAUAUAUUACUCGAAAAGACACAAGACCCGCAUAAUUUGGUUGCAAGCGGUGAGGGAUCAGCAAAUAAUGGGGAAAAGGUAAGUAUAUCGGCCAGUACAGAAGAAGAAUGUUAUGGUUCUGAUUAUGAAUCUGAUGGUCAUCAUGCUUUUGAGGGACAUGUUGACAGUGAAAGUGUGGGGUGUGUCAGAGAGGAUGAGGAUUAUGAAGACGGUGAGGUCCGAGAACCAAUGAUGCAGUCAAUUGCAGGAGACGCAAUUGCUGAGGGGAAGAAUUCAGAAAAAAACAAUGAAUCUUCAAGUAAAAAUGCUGGUUUUUCUUCCGGCUUUUCUGGGGUUGGGGAAUCUCACGGCUUCACUAAUGAUGAAAAAGGUUACAGCAAACCAGUUCACACUGAGUCUAAUGAUGACUUUGUCAAAGGCUGUGAUGUCAAAGCUGUCAAAAUUGAUCAUAAAGACGGUAAUCUGCGGAGUCCAUUGUUAGAUGAGGUGGAAACAACUGGAGAUGAUGAGCAGAGGCCUAUCGGCGCUAUUCACCAAGGAUCAGUGGAUCAAUCAGGAAUAACAGAUGUGCAGGAGAGAUGUGAAAGGGAUGUUUUAUGUGACGGAGCAUAUGGUGGAAGCAGUGGAGCUGGAAGCAGUGGAGCUGGCAGGAAUGUUGACAAGGCUAAUAAUGAGAAUAUUGGAAGAUCUGAUAUGUCACCAACAGCUGUCUCGUCUUUGAAAAAUACUGAAACAUCUGUUAAUGCUAACUCUAGUGAAUAUUUGUCUAAUGUUGGAAGCAAGAGCCGAAUUAUCAGAUUACCUCGUACAUCCGAUGUGACAUUUUCUAGUAAUAUCAGACCUUUAAUGGGUAGAUCACUGUCUUCAAGAAGUAGAAGAGAAAUGUAUUCGGAUGUGGACGAGGAGAAAUUUCAUCUGCGGAGGAAUAGAGAUGAAAUUUAUGCUGAUGGUCCUAAAUUUGUGCAAGAUAGGUUUCAGGACCAUUCAUUCGAUAGCUCAAGGGGGAAGAUUGUGCGUGGAAGAGGGAGGAGCUCAGGCCGGUUUAACAGUUCUCAUAGUGAUUGGGAUUCUGUGCGUGACUCUGAAAGCUAUGGAGAUGUAGCUGAUUAUCGCUUGAGACGUAAACGUACAGUUGCUGUUGAGGAAUCUGAAAAUGAAUGUAAUGACUAUAAUAGUGGUAGACUAGAUGGCGCUGCCUUUGCUAGUGAUAAGAGGAGGAAGCCAUUAAAUGAUGCCUUGCCUUCAUUUCGGCAUCCACCUGCACGUCGACUGUCCCCCCAUGGUAGAGAAAAUGCUUCCAUGAUGGGCACUCAAAUGCUUCGUAGAGCUCCCAGGAGUAUCAGCCCAAGCAGAUGCACUGAUGAAGAUGUCUCUGAUUAUGUUGGUCUUCGGCAUAGUGAGAAGUUCAAUAGAGACUUUCCAGCUGAUAUUAGUGAUCCUGUUUAUACUCAUCAGCAAUCUAUGUAUGAUGGACCUGAUGGUCAUUUUGUUCAGGGAAAAAUAAAGUUUACCGCGAUGCAGGGAAGAGGUUUCCCUCGAAUGCGGUCUAAGUCUCCUGUCAAAUCCUGUAGUUGGUCCUCUCCUCGGAAGAAAUUGACAGAAGGAUUCAAUGGUCAUCAAGAUUCAUCUCAGCACAGGUCUCCAGUUAUGUACAAGGAAGAUAGGGUGAGGACUUCUCCACGAACUUCUUUAACUGAAGAAGCAAUAGCUCCUCAAAGGCGUGACUCUCCAUCAUAUACUGCUCGUCGUCUGAAUUAUAUGAGGGAUGUGGAUGCUUUACAGGAGCAGAGGCAUCCGAGGUCUCUUUCUAGCAGAAGUCGUCCACCUAAUUGGGUAUUUACUAGAAGCAAUAGGAGAGUUGAGAAUUUAGAUCAUCGAGAGAGGGCUGAUGAUGAUGAGUACUUUGAUGGGACGAUACACACUGGUAGAUUUCCUGAGCUUGACGAAAGAAGGAAGUAUAGCGAGAGGCGGGGAGGACCUAGACGAAUAAGAAAUGUCGAAGAGCAAGACGGUAAUUUUAGACAGAGUGAGCAACUUUGGCAUGAAGAAGAAUUUGAUGACUCCAGAUUGAAGAGAAGAAGACUCUUGACUUGAUAGCACACUGAACCGUAAUAUUAGCAGUUAACAUGAGAAUCAGUCUUUCUGCAUCUUUUUGUUCCUGAAAGAGAAUUCGUCUUCCUUGCACACAGAGAUAGGUAACAGUAACAUGUUGUGCGUAUUGAAGAAGAAAGACUUCUGAAUGCAUCUACAUGAAUGAUAAAUUGCGACUCUAGACACUCUGUCGGGUUCUGGCCUAAAGAGGGAGCAUUAAAUAGCUCAUCAAACCUCGAAUAUAUUGGGAGGUAUGCAUUUGUGCAUUUUUUGCUUCAAUCUUGUCGCUAGUAGGCCGUCCAAGGAACGUGCUUCUUGUCAACGCUGCCUGCAAUUUGUACUUCCAGAAGAUGAAAAUGAACUAGUUUAUGAUGCUCUAGUAUACUGGUAUGAAUACUACUAGUUUAAGUUGCUAUUGUGCAUAUUGGCUUUGUGUGUAGUUUAUAAUUUAUAAGCCAUAGCCGCUCUUAACAUACUUGGAAUGGAGCAGAGACCAUCGUUGAGAGUUCAGAAGCUUGGAAUUUGUCUCGAGUUCUCUACAACUUCAAGAUAAGCCUGCACACUUGAAUUGAAUCCCAGCAAUAACAACUAGCCAAGAUUAAUUGUGCAGGGUUAAAUGACACUGGUUUCUGUGGUUUACUAGUGUGUUUAAACAGCUAGUGAUGUACACUUGGACAAACAGGUUGGUGAUAGGGAAUUGUCCAAGGUGAAUUAUGCAGUUUUAAUAUGAUAACAACUAUCUAUGAGAACCAA